CACCUCGAAUCAUGAGCGGUUCAGCUGGCCAGGACUUGGCGGAGGCGCCUGAGGAGAGGCAUUUCCUCAGGUGGAAGCAAGGGGCAGAAAGAUGAAAUGGACCCCAGUCGCUCAGUAAGCUGGUGGCAGAGCUUCACCUCAAGUGAGUCAGCCCUCUCUCUCUGGGCACAAUUAUUUGAAUUUUACCACUGCCUUUGAAGAGGAGUCAUCAGUGGGUCUCAGGGCUGCGAGCCCUACAUCUACCUCCCUAAGUGCGCCACCAAAUUCCUCUGCAGCCUUCACAGCCCUCCUCACCCAGGCACCCCCAGUCCAAUUGGCCCCUCCGGUGUCCUAGAGCUCAAAUCAAUGGUUUCCACUGCCUAAAAUCCGCCCAUAGCCCCUAUCAAAGUUCUUCACGCCCCAUUCCUCCUUCUGGGUUCCUCCUGCUUUGAGGGCUGGUGGCGUCUGGGUCCUGCUCAGUUUCCUACGUUUUGGGGAAAUAGAACCAACAUGCGCCGCCGCGUGCUUCCUCGACCACCAGAGGGCACCCACGCCUCAGGCUUCGACUCAAACCUCCCGCUGCCUGCCAGGUUCAAUUCAACCUCGUGCAGCACGGAGGAGGCGGCUGCCCUGGAGCGGGAGCUGCUAGAGGAUUAUCGCUUUGGGCGGCAGCAGCUGGUGGAGCUGUGUGGCCAUGCUAGUGCCGUGGCUGUGACCAAGGUUUUCCCCUUGCCUGCUCUCUCCCGGAAGCAGAGGACGGUGCUGGUCGUGUGCGGUCCGGAGCAGAACGGGGCAGUGGGGCUGGUCUGUGCCCGGCACCUGCGGGUGUUUGAGUACGAACCGACCAUCUUCUACCCCACACGCUCACUGGACCCGCUGCACCAGGACCUGACCACCCAGUGCGAGAAAAUGGACAUUCCCUUUCUGUCCUAUCUCCCCACGGAGGUCCAGCUCAUCAACGACGCCUACGGGUUGGUGGUGGAUGCUGUGCUGGGUCCCGGUGUGGAGCCCUGUGAGGUUGGAGGCCCCUGCACACGUGCGCUAGCUACACUCAAGCUGCUGUCCAUCCCCCUUGUGAGCCUGGACAUUCCUUCAGGCUGGGACGCGGAGACCGGCGGCGGCGACGGUGAGGACGGGCUGCGGCCCGACGUGCUGGUAUCGCUGGCGGCUCCCAAGCUCUGUGCCGGCCGCUUCUCCGGGCGCCACCACUUCGUAGCCGGCAGGUUUGUGCCGGACGACGUGCGCCGAAAGUUCGCUCUGCGCUUGCCGGGGUAUAUGGGCACCGACUGCGUGGCAGCGCUGUGACCGCCACCCGCACCCACGCAGCUUGGACGUGCGUUAAUAAAAAAGACGACCCACCA